AUGGAUAUCUUUAAGUGUAAAUAUCUAACGCAUGAAAAUGAAGAAAUUAUGGGAUUUUGUUUAAAUUAGAGGUGUUAAAAUGUAACUCAAUAUUGUUAUUUAUGUUUAAAUACUACUCAUUAAGAACAUUUCAAUGAUUGCAUAAGAUUCACUAAGUUGAUCUUAUUUAUGAAUGAAUGCAUGCAAGUUUACAACCAAUAAAGGAAAUAAAUAGAAAAAAAACUAAACAAAUUUAAAAUAAUUUUUAUAGAUUAAAAAAAAUGGAUCAGGAAAUUAAUAUAUUGGAAAAUAUGA